AUGGAAAUUGGACGAAUUAAAAAUGAAAUACCAGAAGAAGGCAGCAACGAUAUUGAUAGUGUUCUAAUUCAACAUGAACGAGUUCAUAGUGGAGAAAAACCAUUUUCAUGUGAUAUUUGUAUUAAAACAUUUGCUGAUAAACGUAAUUUAGUUUCACAUAAACGAGUUCAUAGUGGAAAAAAAUCAUUUUCAUGUGACAUUUGUAAUAUAACGUUUACUGAGCGAAAAUCUUUAGUUAAACAUAAACGACUUCAUAGCGGAAAAAAACCAUUUUCAUGUGAUAUUUGUAAUAAAACAUUCAGUGAUAAACGCAUUUUAGUUAGACAUGAACGGGUACAUAGUGGAGAAAAACCAUUAUAA